GAGUGAAUCGUCAGGAAAGUACCGUCCCUAACGAAGAAGUUAUUGUGCACGUAGAAAGUACGGAAAGGUCCAUAGAAAAGGUCCAUCAGAAUAAGAAAGGUAGAGAAAUAGAGGUCUGAAAAAUAAACGAUAUAGACGCAGAUUCGAGUGGUAGAAAGCAUAGAGCACGCCAACAUGAACGGACAACGUGCUCGUGCAGAUGAUGGAUUCGCGAAUUUCCUGGACCUACUUCUACGUAUUUGGAAUCUCAUCACACAGGUGAGAAAGACCAUUCUCGCCUUUUUUCAGUCAAGCCCUCCGAGCGCUCUUCCCUUGUUGGAAAAAGACUGGCGCCCAAUCAACUGGAUGAUCAGGAAUGACCUGAAGGAAGAGACGAGGACAGUGGAGCCCAGUAACCCGGGCGUCGAGCAUCUCCGCAUCCUGGUCCAUGGUCCGGUGGGAGCUGGGAAGUCCAGCUUCAUCAACUCCGUCGACUCCAUCUUCCAGGGCCGGAUGACCAGUCCGGCUUUGACAGAGACGGCCAGUGACUGCAGCUUCACCAGCAUCUUCAGAACCCAUAAAAUUAAGGACGGCCAUUACGGAACCUGUGUGCCGUUUGUCCUUUGUGACAUCAUGGGGCUGGAGAAGGGCGAUCUACAGGGGGCGCAUCCUGAUGACCUCGUUAAAGUGUUACACGGACACAUCAGAGAUGGUCACAAGUUUAAGUCUGCCGUCUCCCUGUCUGAAAAUGACCCCCACUACAACGCCAGUCCCAGUUUGAGCGAUAAGGUCCACUGUCUGGUCAGCAUCAUCCCGGCCAGCAAGAUCUCCCUCAUAGACGACUCCAUCAUCCAGAAGAUUAAAUUGGUCAGGAAGAAAGCCAGUGAGCUGGGUGUCCCUCAGGUGGUUGUCAUGACGUACGUGGACGAGGCUUGUCCUCACGUCAAAGAAGACCUGGGGUCUGUCUAUAGGAGCCACAAGAUCAAAGAGAAGAUGCACGAGUGCAGUUCUAAAGUGGGAGUUCCCAUGAGCCUCAUCUUCCCUGUCAAGAACUACCAUGACGAGGAGGAGCUUAAUGAGAUGAUUGACACCUUGUUGCUACGCGCCCUGAAGCAGAUUGUUCUCCUUGCAAACGACUACAUCUAUGACCUCCACCCCACACCAAGAGAGAAUCAGCUGGACCGGGAGUGGAGACGGAUAAGAUGGGAGCCAUCUGCCAGUCUAUCUGAGUUGAGGUCUCUGUGUAUGGGCAACCCAGAGGUGUCGAGGCUCCGCCUCCUGCUGUGUGGCCCAAUGGGAGUGGGGAAGUCCAGCUUCAUCAACUCCGUCAGCAGCGUCCUUCAGGGAAGGGUCACAACCCCGGCACCAGCAGCAAACUCUACAGCAGGAUUCACUACAAGAUAUAAAAACUACUCAUUUAAGAACGGGUCAUCUGGACCACUUCCUUUUGUCAUCGCUGAUGUCAUGGGACUGGAGGGCGGAGACAAAGCAGGGGCGCUUGUUGAUGACCUCACCAAUGCCCUGAAGGGGCGCAUAAAGGAUGGUUACCAGUUUAAUCCGGUGUCUCCACUGUCUGACGAGGGCUCCUACUAUAACAGUAGUCCCAGUUUGGCUGAUCAGGCCCACUGUCUGCUCAUGGUGGUGUCAGCUGAACACAUAUCCAGCCUGGACGAAAGCCUCAUCUCCAAGAUAAAGACUGUCAGACAGAGAGCACAUGAUAUACCCCAAGCUGUCGUCAUGACGAUGGUCGACAGAGUCAGCCCACUGGUAAGAGAGGAUCUUCGAGAGAUGUACACUAGCAAGACGAUCAAAGACAAGAUGGAGGAGUGCAGUGAGCUGCUGGGGGUUCCCCUGAGCUCCAUCUUCCCGGUGAAGAACUACCAUGAGGAGAUGGAGCUGGACGACAAGAUGGACGCCGUCAUCACACACACGCUCUCUCACAUCCUCACCCUGGCCAACGACUACGUCAGCAGCAAAGCAGAAUGAGAAUUGUGUGUGUGUGUUGAUGUGUGUGUGUGUGUGAUGCUCUCAACGACUAUGCCAGCUUGUUCCUUCAUGUCAUUGUCGGUCGCUUUGGGCAAAAGUGUCUGCUAAAUACGGUGAACAUAAAUACUAUGAACAAACACAAACAGUAUAUUCAAUCGGAGUGGCCUUACCAGAUGGGAGAGGAUGUGGACAUUUAAACAAUGAGACCUGUGUGUGUGUGUGUGUACAUGUGUGUGUUUGUGUGUGUGUGUGUGUGUACAUGUGUGUGUUUGUGUGUGUGUGUGUGUGUGUGUGUGUGUGUGUGUUGCAGACAUUCAAACAAUGAGACCUGUGUGUGUGUGUGUGUAUAUAUGUGUGUGUGUGUGUACAUGUGUGUGUGUUGCAGACAUUCAAACAAUGACACUCUUCCACUUUCUCACACAUCCUCACCCUGGCCAAUGACCACGUCAGCAACAAAGCGUGUGUGUGUGUGUGUGAGAUGUGAGGCAUAGAAGUCAUACUUUGUCCAGAAGGGACUGCAUUUGUGCCCUUCAUUCUAAUGGUAGAUUUGGGAUCUUCUAGAAGUGUCUUUUCUUUUUAUUUUUUUAUUUUCUUUUAAUAUUCACGAUUUACAUUUAAAUGUAUUCAGUUAGCAGA